GCUGAGCCCCCCGCCCGGCCCGGCUGAGCGUAGGAUGAGCCCGCGGCAGGCGGAGGGCGAGAGGCCGCCCCGCGCCCUCGGGGGGAUCUAACGCGGCCGCGGAGGCGGGGGGACACGGAGCGACGCCGCCCCCCGGCACCUCGUCCUUCAUGGUGGCUCUCUGCGCCCGACGCCUCCCAGCAGAAGCGCGGCCCGGCCCGGCCCGGGGGUGGUGUGCGAGUGCGAGUGCGCGCCGCGGGCAGCGCUGGUGCCCGAGCGAGGGAAAAUGUCCACUCGGACUCCAUUGCCCACGGUGAACGAGCGCGACACCGAGAACCACACGUCCCAUGGAGAUGGACGACAGGAAGUUUCCUCUCGAACUGGGCGCUCUGGAGCUCGUUGCAGGAAUUCUAUAGCUUCCUGUGCAGAUGAGCAACCACAUAUUGGAAAUUACAGACUCCUCAAAACGAUUGGAAAGGGGAAUUUUGCAAAAGUAAAGCUGGCGAGGCACAUCCUCACAGGCAGAGAGGUUGCCAUAAAGAUAAUUGACAAAACACAGCUGAAUCCAACUAGUCUACAAAAGCUCUUUAGAGAAGUAAGAAUAAUGAAGAUCUUAAAUCAUCCAAAUAUAGUGAAGUUAUUUGAAGUCAUUGAAACUGAAAAAACUCUCUAUUUAAUAAUGGAAUAUGCAAGUGGGGGGGAGGUGUUUGACUAUCUGGUUGCGCAUGGAAGAAUGAAGGAAAAGGAAGCAAGAGCUAAAUUUAGACAGAUAGUAUCUGCAGUGCAGUACUGCCAUCAAAAGCAUAUUGUUCAUAGAGAUCUCAAGGCUGAAAAUCUGUUGCUAGACGCAGAUAUGAACAUUAAAAUAGCUGACUUUGGUUUUAGCAACGAGUUUACAGUUGGAAAUAAACUGGACACCUUUUGUGGCAGCCCACCGUAUGCUGCUCCAGAACUUUUUCAAGGGAAAAAAUAUGAUGGACCUGAAGUAGAUGUUUGGAGUUUAGGUGUUAUUCUUUAUACCCUCGUGAGCGGAUCUCUUCCUUUUGAUGGACAGAACUUAAAGGAACUUAGAGAAAGAGUACUAAGGGGGAAAUACAGGAUUCCUUUCUACAUGUCCACAGACUGUGAAAACCUCCUCAAACGUUUCCUGGUGCUAAACCCAACAAAAAGAGGCACUCUAGAGCAAAUUAUGAAGGACAGGUGGAUCAAUGCAGGGCAUGAGGAGGAUGAACUUAAACCUUUUGUUGAACCAGAACUAGACAUCUCGGACCAGAAAAGAAUAGAUAUUAUGGUGGGAAUGGGAUAUUCUCAAGAAGAAAUUCAGGAAUCCCUUAGUAAAAUGAAGUAUGAUGAAAUCACAGCUACGUACUUGCUGCUGGGAAGGAAAUCAUCAGAGUUGGAUGCGAGUGAUUCAAGCUCCAGCAGCAAUCUUUCACUUGCUAAAGUUCGGCCAAGUAGUGAUCUUAAUAAUAGCACUGGACAAUCUCCCCAUCACAAAGUUCAGAGAAGCAUAUCUUCAAGCCAGAAACAGCGGCGCUACAGCGAUCAUGCUGGACCAUCCAUCCCCCCAGUAGUGGCAUAUCCCAAAAGAAGCCAAACUAGUACUACAGACAGUGACCUAAAAGAGGAAGGAAUUCAAUCAAGAAAAUCUAGCAGUAGUGCUGUUGCAGGAAGAGGAAUUGCACCAGCUAGUCCAAUGCUUGGAAAUGCCAGCAAUCCAAAUAAGGCUGAUAUUCCUGAACGUAAGAAAAGUUCGGCUGUCCCUAGUAAUAAUACUGCCCCUGGAGCAAUGACACGGCGCAACACAUAUGUUUGUAGUGAAAGAACCACUGCUGAUAGGCAUUCAGUGAUACAAAAUGGCAAGGAGAACAGCCUGACAGAAAUGUUCGCUUACGCAGCUAGCCCUGCUUCAGUUUGUACUACAUCCUUCUCCAGUGUUCGGCUGCGACAUCAGAAGUCGAUGUCCAUGUCAGCCUCUGUGCACACGAAGAUGAUGUUGCCUCCAAUAGACAAUGGCGCAGAUAACUUCAGGCCUAUCACUAUUCCCGAUCAAAGAACGCCUGUCGCUUCAACUCACAGCAUAAGCAGUGCAACCACACCUGACCGUAUUCGUUUCCCCAGAGGAACGGCCAGUCGGAGCACCUUCCACGGCCAGCUCCGUGAGCGACGUACCGCUACCUACAACGGGCCCCCGGCCUCCCCCAGCCUGUCCCACGAGGCAACGCCGCUCUCUCAGACUCGAACCAGGGGUUCCACUAACCUGUUCAGCAAACUGACUUCAAAACUCACAAGAAGAAACAUGUCAUUCAGGUUUAUCAAAAGCCGCAAUGUAGCUGUGGAUCAGAAGGAUGAAAACAAGGAAGCCAAGCCUCGCUCGCUGCGUUUUACAUGGAGCAUGAAAACCACCAGCUCCAUGGAUCCCAAUGACAUGAUGAGGGAAAUCCGGAAGGUCCUGGAUGCCAAUAAUUGUGACUAUGAACAAAGAGAGCGUUUCUUGCUUUUCUGCGUCCACGGAGAUGGGCACGCGGAAAACCUCGUACAGUGGGAAAUGGAGGUGUGUAAACUGCCAAGACUGUCCCUGAACGGAGUUCGCUUUAAGCGGAUAUCGGGAACAUCCAUAGCUUUUAAAAACAUUGCUUCCAAAAUUGCCAAUGAGUUAAAGCUGUAACAAGAAAAAUAGUUAAGUUGUAAAUUAGUUAGCAAUUUCAAGUGUUUUGAGAAUUCCGAUGGAAAUGUAUAGAAUAACAUUUAGGCAAUAACUUCUGCAUCCUUCUGAAUAGUGAUAUUAAAGAAAACAAAGCUGCUGAGCUGGGAGGGAGAGUUGGACUUUUUUAUAAGUGCACUACAGCAUUAAAGUUGCCUACUAUGUAAAAUAUUACCCUUCUGCUUUAUUUCCAUUGCUCCUAAGUCUUUGACAACAAAUUGAAACACGGAAUAUAUUCAUUUAAAUAUGCCUCCUGUUUGUGUGGACGUGUGAAUGUACAGUAUGUGUGUAUAAUAUAUAAAGUAUUAUAUGUAAACAAUUCAUUUACCACAUGGAGCUGUACCAGUACCUCUUUUUGGGCUAAUUUUGGUGCUAAAAAUUGAAAUGGCCAAGGAGGAAACACUUGAGUUAAUAUUUAAAAUAACUGAAGAGAUAACCAGUAAACGCAGGUUUACAAUUCACUGCUGUGUUAAGGAAAAAAAAAAAAAAGGGUGUGAAGGGUUUGGAUUUACGGUUGUGAACAUUAUUAGUCCUGUUUUCUAAGUAGAGCUCAUGAAAUUAUUAAAAAUUCACUUCUACCGAGUAAGUCUUGCAUUAUAUUUUGCCCACCUAUUUAUUAUUUAAGUCUGAAUCAAAUUUUAAAAAUGUAGUUGAUUUGUGCAUUAAAAUUUGGGUAAAUGCUUCCAUUCUUCUGCUUCUGCUAAACUACUAAAACUGUAUCUUUAUCCUUCUGGCUGAUGAGUUUUGAUUGCAGCUAAGAGUAAUUUUCGUUGCUCCACAGUCCCUCUGCAGAACAGUGUGGUGUGCUGAGCGCUAACCAGUGGCUUCUUCUUUCAGAGUUCUCCACCUUACAGUAGGUCAGACUGAUAAUAGCACAAAAAGACUCUCAAAUAGCAGCCACGUUCUGAUGCAAGUCACCAUACGUGAGUCUGUGCUGCUCUGAAGUAUUGCUGCGGGCACGGCAGUGCUUUCCUUUGCUUUCUGAGUGCGCACGGUAUUGAAACCCGAAAGUGGGAGUCAAAUUUGGCUGCCUGUCCCCUGUUGUAACAUCCAGCUUGCUUAACUACAGCCAUAGGUAGUGGCAGCUAAAACUUUCCUUGCAGCUCUCCUUCAGCAUGCUCCCACUUGGCUCUGGGCACGUUGCUUUGGCUUUAUGCCGGCUGUGUCUCCAGAUCCUGCUGAGGAGGGAGUCCGCUGUUGCUCUUGUGCCGUGCAGUGCGGAACCUGCCCCGAUGGACGCUGAUGGCCAGCUAGCUUUCUGUAGGACACCCAGCUGCUGUCGGAUGGUCCCCUCUUCUUAACCACCACUGUGGUGAGCUGGAUUUGGGCUGGCAGACCAGAACCAGGAGCUUUCUUCAAGCGUUGUUUCCUGCUGAUACUCAGUUCAUUUCAUCGAGGACUUCUGUAGAUAAAACCCUGCGUUAUCUACUUGACUUUUUGUAUUAAUGUUUUAUGGUUAUAUUUCAGUGAAGCACUUAAGCAUGUACUUCACGCGUGCUUUAGACUGGAGCCUAAAUUUGCAUUUUAAAUUUGCAGUGAGCUAAUAGCUAUUCAUAGUGCGCAGUUCAGGUCUGACACGAGGUGAAAAUCCGUGGUGUUUUGCAAGUUAGUUCUUGUGACCCGCGGUCUGUGAAGGCAGCAGACUUCCCCUCUCUUUCCCUGAGCAUUGAUAUUGACUAUGCUAGUUUAAAGGAUGAUCGUAGUUGUUAAAUGUAGUAAAUAUUCCUGGAUUUGCAUUUUAUUCUCUGUAUAUUCUGUGUCAUGCCAUGGCUUUGGAACUCCCGGUGUUGGGUCGGAGUUCAGUUGGCUUUCAGUGCUCUGCCCGUGCCUGUGCUGCUCAGUAUGGUUUUUUCCACAAAAACUCCAUUUUGUAAUAGCAAUAAAACAUUUCAGGGCAGUCGUUGUACUUUCUCAGGUGAAGAGUCACCUAUCCUUUCACUUCCUACACUUCAAGCACUCCUCCAAAUGUAUUUUUUUUCACCUGGCAGUGCACUUUGUUGUCUGAACUGAAACAGUGUUCUGAUAAAUUAUGUAAAUCUGUAUUCGAUGGAAGUUCCAAAAGAUUUCAUAUUAAAUGUUUUCUGAAAUACUCUGUUCCUACUUCACCUCUUAAGUAUGUAAUUAUUUCUAAAAAGUGCACCAGUGUCAUACUUUGGAUAUUUAAAAUUUGUAUUUCAGUAUGAAGGUGUUUUCAGAGGGUUCUUACAGAGUUCAUCUGUCUUCGAGGUCUCAAAAAAAAAAAAAAAAAGAUAAUCAUAAACAGAUUUUCACCAGCUUGCUUCCCAAAUGCCCUGCAAAAUGGCCAGGCUGCAAGAACAUACCUUUGUUUCCUUACCAUCCUGCACACGUACUGUGCAGGCCUCCAGCAGCUGCCUGGAAAGGAAACUGCUUCCUUCAGAUCUGCAACCAGAGACCAACCUCUGCCUUUCGUUUCUUCAUCUGCCUUGAGGUCUGUUGGUGCUGCUCCUGAUCCAGCUUCGCAGAGCUACGGCUGUUUUCUCUCUGCAUUAAGAGACGAGCGUUACAAUUAAUCAGAGGCCGGCGCAUGGUGAGCAUCUCUGCAUCCUGAGCUGUGUGUCUGGCAGCCAAGCAGUGUUCUGUAAUGAUAUGGCUGGAGUCCUGGGCCGUGUGGUCUGAGUGUGGUGGUGGAGGGUGUUUGUAAUAGGAUCGUGACUGAAGUUCUGCAGUGCUAAAACCCGUGUCAUCCAGUUCUGAAGAUGUCUUUGCUUGCUGGUCUGGUUAAGAACAAUGUCUUCAGAGUUAUGGGAGAGGUUGGUUGCUUUAAAUAAAAGGGUUCUGGUUUUUAA